CUCUGGAGCUCGAUGUUCGGCGAAGGACCAGACCUCGGUGACGUUCAGCUGCGAAUAAAUAGUCGGGGUACCGCGGAGGUGACCCCAGUUUACAAUGCCUCCCAUGCUGAAAUUCGCGCGCCGACUGAGUCCCAUCGAUUUGAUUUGCGCGAAGACAAGGCCCUUGUCGUCCCACCCCCACCACCGCCCCUUCACCUCCUUCCGCCCCUCACACCGCACGAUGUCGUCCUACAAGCUCUUCUGCAUGGGGAACCCGCUCCUCGACCUCCAGGUCCGCGACGGGGAGAAGCUCUUGGAGAAGUACGGCCUGAAGUCGAACGAUGCGAUUUUGGCAGAGGAGAAGCAUCUGCCGCUGUACGACGAGAUCGUAAAGGAGCACGAGGUCACGUACGUCGCUGGCGGUGCGGCGCAGAACGCGGCGCGUGGGGCUGCGUACUGCCUGCCCCCGAAGUCUGUGGUGUACACGGGCUGCGUUGGCGAUGACGAUCUUGCGGAGCAGCUCAAGGCGGCGAACAAGCGUGAGGGGCUCGAUGAGGCGUACCUCGUGAAGAAAGGCGAGAAGACGGGCGCAUGCGCGGUUAUUAUCACUGGCCACGAUCGCUCCCUCGUCACCACCCUCCGUGCGGCGGAGAAGUUCGAGCAGUCGCACCUUUCGUCCGAGGCGGUUGCGCCGCUCGUCGACGCCGUCCAGUUCUACUACAUGGAGGGCUACUUCGUGACCCACGGCCUCGCCUCCGCGCUCGAGCUCGCGGGCAAGUCGGCCGCCAAGUCCAAGUGCUUCGUCCUCAACUUCUCCGCGCCCUUCAUCCCCCAGUUCUUCAUGCCCGCGAUCCAGCAGCUCCUCCCCUACGUCGACAUCGUCAUCGCGAACGAGUCCGAGGCGGAGGCCUGGGCGUCUGCGAGCGGGCACCCCGCGCCGACCGACCUCGCCGCCGUCGCCAAGUCGCUCGCAAUGCAGCCGAAGACGAACCCGGCCCGCCCGCGCGUUGUCAUCUUCACGCACGGUGCGGAGGAGACCGUCGUGGUGAGCUCCGCGGAGCCGGACCGCGUGCGCACGUAUAAGGUCGACAAGCUCGCGGAGGGCGAGAUCGUCGACACCAACGGUGCUGGUGACGCCUUCGCGGGCGGCUUCCUGGGUGCGCUCGUUGCUGGCCGCGAGCUCGACGACUCUGUCGAGGCGGGCCACAAGCUUGCGAAGAUUAGCAUCCAGCAGAUCGGCCCGCAGUUCAAGUGGCCGAAGGUCCAGAUCCUCUAGAUAACUCACGUACUUACCCAGCAUUGAUACCAAAACGCUCUCAACAGCGUCCCCACCUGUACUCUCAUCUGCAACUUGCUUUCCUCAGCGUGUAUCCAAUAGUAUUGUUUUGCAAUGUGCUUCCGCUAUGAAACUUCGAGUGACGACCCUGCCAAAUUGCGCGAAAUGCC